AUGCCCAAGGUGGAAUAUCUUAGUCACACGGUAUCGCAUGAUGGACGGGAGGUGAAUCCGAACGAUCUGUCGGCUUUGGCGGAUCAUGGUUUCCCGGAUCCUUGCGAUUAUGUAAUCUACGCGUCUGUACUAUAUGAGCGGAGGGAUAUCGACUAUGCUGCGAUGGAGAAGGACAUGAAUCGAAGCCAGAUCCAGCUAGCACUAGCGUCGGAAACUCCGGAUCCGGAGGUGAAUAACCUCGCGGAUCUAAAUUCUCGUUGGAUCUAUGCCCAUAGAUCCUUCAAAGUGUUAACGGAGAAGGUCGCGACAACGCCGAUCCUACGUCACUUUGAUUCGGAUCGGUGGUUGUAUAUGUCAGUGAUUGGGCGAUCUCCGGUGCAUUGA